AUGAAAGGGUUAAUAUAUGUUCCAUAUUUUACUUCAACAGAAAGGGAUUUGGUUACCUCAAUUGCCCAACAUGUUCUUGCGAACGCUGGUCCAGGAGAAACUGAGGUACGCAUCAGUGUAUUUUAUUAAAAUACGUUUUCUGAAUACUGUACUUGGCAGUCGUUAUAUAUAUUUUGGCAUAAAAAAUAGAAAACUGUGGUAAAUCAGGUAAAUAAUUUGUUUUUUAAUUCUUUGUCUCUCUGUAUCCAGUAUCCUUGGCUCUGUAUUCAAGGAACAAGUCCUCCUCCAAGUAAAUUGAAGAAGACAAAAAGGAGAAGAUCAAGAACUGGAGUAACCAAAACUGGAGUGUCGAAGUAAGUCUAGCAUGCACUUGAGCAUAUUUCUAAAAUCGAUAUCGAUAAUUAUAAGUUGUUUUAUUGUAAUAUUAUGAGAUACUGUAGUUUAAAUGUAGGUUAAAGAAAAGGAGAGAGGUUUUGCCUUGAUAAGCCUGGUAAAACAUGCCUUGAGUGAAGCUAAAACGCUUCGUUCAAACAUUCUGACGCGCCGUUCCAAGUUAGCACAGCAAGUAUACUACAUUUACUUUACAUUGUCCGAAUAUUUGAGGUUACAAUAUCAACUUUGAAAUUAACAUGCGUCUCUAUACUGUGUACAUAGUGUCGCCGAAAGGGGGUGGGCAGGGGAUUUUGUCUCGGGGCCCCAGCUCAAAAGGGGUCGCUCUCCACCCACUGCAAAGUUUAUAUUCUGUCAAUUUCACAUAACUGAACAACAACAAUCUAACUAUAGUUAAAACUGUUAAUAAUAUUAUAAUCUAAUUAGCACUAACGAAUCAAAAUUAUUUUUUUUUAAAUUAAUCUGAUAGACCAAUCAGGUGAAAAGCCAGAUUUUUACUUUUUUACAUGCGCUCAGACAGGGAUUUGUGUCAGGCCUUCUUUUGCCUUCCAUCCACCCACAUUAAUUAAGGAAGGGAAAACAGGGCCUGAUACUCAGGUUUCUGUUUUAUAAUUAUGACACCAUAGGGGCCCUGGGGACGUUUUGCUCCUUGCCGCGCGCAACCUUUCGGCAGCCCUGACCGUACAUAAUAAAUGCAUCUCUCUCUAAUUAACGCUUCUUUUCGAACACUGUAAUUGAACAAAUACAUAUAUUUGAAUUUAUAUUUUAUGUUUGUAGAGUAAAAAGAUCGACAUUGUCGUCCAAGGCUACCAGAGGACAUGGCAUUCCAUGGAGAACUGCUGCAAGAGUUGGAUCAAAUAGGUUAAGAAAUUUGCAUUGUGUUUUAAAGGCCAUGUUACACGAGUAUAAAAGUUUGCUGCAACUUUACAACGCAACUUCUGGCACAGAGUCAUGUAAUGUAAAAUAUAUUCACAGUAAAAUUGAGAAAUUGCUCCGUAUAGUUUACUCCGCCGAUCUUUUCUUCAACUAAAUGAACGCGAAUGAAAAUAUCAGAAAAACGAAAUGCUGCAUGAUCAUGUCAACUGAUUAUCUGCGCGAUUUUUUGCCAAAGUUGUAUUACCUUUUUUAUACAUCUUGUAUAGCUCUGCGCUUAAAACGUCGGAAGCAAAUUUUACGUCAUCAUUUUGUAGUUUGUUCUAUUAUGGCAAAUAAUGCACGAAUUUAUCUGUUUUAGACAUAGGCGCAAUAAAAGAACUUGGCCAUUCAUCGAAACACAGGUAUAGCAAUUAGUUUAAUUUCAACUUUAGUCAGGGUUGUGCAACGUGAAUGAAUGACUUGGAUGAUACAUUCAUUUGUUUUACAACCAUAAUCAUGUAUUUGAGGGAAAUAUAUUUGUUUAGGAUAUAAGUAAAAGUGUUGAAGAUUCAGAAAGACUGGAAGAGAAAUCAGAAGGGAAAUCAGAAGAACAUGAAGAGGAAUCUUCCAGCUUGUCAGGUAAAGCAAAAUAAAACGGUAUGUAUAUAUAUGGG